AUUUUGAGUACCGAAGGGCGUUUGGCCGGGGAGGAGUAAGGCUGAAAAAUACAAGGUGGGCAUCGACCUGGCAAAACGUGGAAAGGCAUUGACAGCUCAGGCUUUUCUUCGUUUCAUUAAAGAUUCAAAAUUCAAAGCCUUCUCUCUCUCGCAACUCAUAAUUCGAAAACAAACAGGUCCAUCUCUCUCCCAUACGAAUCGAAUCUAACCAAACCCUAACCCUAAUCCUGGAUUAAACUAAGCUAUACCCUGUAAUUUGAAGAAAUCAGGCCGGUUCUGGUUCCAUCGUGAUCCCUACAAAUGGCUCCAGUUUCUGCUCUGGCCAAAUACAAGCUUGUCUUCUUAGGGGAUCAGUCUGUCGGGAAAACCAGCAUCAUCACUCGAUUCAUGUACGACAAAUUCGAUAAUACCUAUCAGGCUACAAUUGGUAUUGAUUUCCUAUCAAAGACCAUGUAUCUUGAAGAUCGAACCGUUCGUCUGCAGUUGUGGGAUACAGCCGGGCAGGAAAGAUUCAGGAGUCUCAUUCCGAGCUACAUUAGGGAUUCAUCUGUUGCAGUCAUUGUAUAUGAUGUUGCAAGUCGGCAAUCUUUCCUAAACACUUCAAAGUGGAUUGAAGAGGUUCGCACUGAGAGAGGUAGUGAUGUUAUUAUCGUCCUUGUUGGAAACAAGACUGACCUUGUGGAGAAAAGGCAAGUCUCAAUAGAGGAAGGAGAAGCCAAAGCUCGUGAACUUAACGUCAUGUUCAUUGAAACAAGUGCCAAAGCUGGCUUCAAUAUAAAGGCACUGUUUCGGAAAAUUGCAGCAGCUUUACCAGGAAUGGAAACACUUUCUUCAGCAAAGCAAGAAGACAUGGUUGAUGUGAAUCUGAAGUCGUCAAGUGGCAGUGCAUCACAGUCCCAAACUCAGGCACGUGGAUGCUCUUGUUGACAACGUUGCCUCAAAGCCUUGCAAUCUAUAUGCCCAAUCUCACCCCAGAUCUGUAAAGGUUUCAUUUUGUUGCCUUCUUUUGUUACCAUUUUGUAUGAGGAACUCCUUUUGAGACAGAAGUGGCAUAAGAGCUAAGUGUAGAAAAACCACUAUAUGAUUGUAUUGUGUUUGGUUAGAUGGACGUCGUUGUUUCCCCUUUUUCCCCCUUUUUUGGCUGGUUCUGUGUCUGAUCCAACAAUUACAAGUCUCAACUGCUACUGCACCAUUUUCUAUCAAAUCCCUGGGACAUACAAACUUUAUGAGAUGUAUGAUAAAAUGUAAUUUCUUUCA